AAUAAGAUCUUGUUUUUUGACUGCUUGCAAAACGUUGUACAACAAACUUAGAGUUUCUAGAAAAACAGAGUCUGAUCGAUGAUUCAUAUUUUUUUUUUUAAUACGAGCCGAAAUAUGAAAUCAAAACAAAAAAGUCCAGCAGGGUUAACAAAAGUUCUAGGGAUUCUAUACCAUGUUAUCCCUUUCGAUAUGCGAGCCCUGGAACGAAGCAGGCGCCCUCAUCAUCAACGAGCCCGGUUUACAAAUUACGGUUAUGAGGUUAUCAUCGUCAGCAUUACGGACGUGAGAGCUCAACAUCGUCGUCACGUCACCGUCAUCGUCGCCGCCGUCGCAUCGGUCGCAUCUUAUAUUGUCUUAUAAGCGAUGGAGUGCGAAUAAUCCCCGGCGACGAUGCUGCGUAAUGUCGAUCGCUCUUCUCCACAGUCGGUUACCAAUUACAGCUCGCGUCAAAGUCAAACUAGUGCCCGUCAGGCACGGCCCCGCGGAACGUCGGUCGCGUCGUUCUUGCCGUCGUCGCCGCCACCACUCCGCCGCGUAUGAUUCAUAAGGACCGAGCUCAGGGUUGUGUUCAGGGACAAAAGCCAAAUUUCAUAUAUUCGGAGAUGCUGGAAGUUGGUUUGCGAGUUGUCCGUGGCCAAGACUGGAAAUGGGACGAUCAGGAUGGUGGAGAAGGUCAUGCUGGGACAAUAGUGGAAAUCGGUAGACCUCCCUCCGCAGGGAACUCAACCUCUAGUCCAAAUCCCACUGAUCGGACGCCAGACAAGACAGUCAUCGUUCAAUGGGAUCAUGGCGCUAGGAGUAAUUACAGAAUCGGAUAUCAAGGUGCUUAUGAUUUAUUGGUGUUUGAUAAUGCAGCUGCUGGCGUCAAGCACUCCAACAUCAUCUGCGACGGUUGCAAAAGACAUGGAAUAAUUGGUAUCAGGUGGAAGUGCACGGAGUGUUUUGACUAUGAUCUCUGCACGCAAUGUUACAUGGCCGACGUACAUGAGUUAACUCACACUUUUGAGAGAUAUCAAACAACAAAUUCUGUAGGAGUUCGUCUGGAGCCAAGAGAAGGCUGCACAAAGAUACCUCUGAAAGGGAUCUUCAUAGGAGCAAAAGUCAUUCGUGGACCAGAUUGGGAAUGGGGAAAUCAGGAUGGUGGACGUGGAAAAACCGGCAGAGUUAUGGACAUACGUGGAUGGGACAACGAAAGCAGUCGGUCCGUCGCAACCGUUACGUGGUCCACGGGUAGCACUAACGUCUAUCGAUUAGGUUUCAAAGGUUGCGUGGACUUGUGUUACGUGGAGGAGGCUAAUGCUGGCAUUUAUUACAAGGAACAUCUUCCGUUACUCGGCCAACCGGUCUUAACUGUACCGGAUAAUGGAAACGGCACAACACCGACAAAGAGUGGUGUCACAAACAUCACGUCUAGUCCCCAUCCUCUAAUGUUUAACGUCGGCGACAAGGUGAAAGUUUUAAUGGAAGUUGAUACAUUAAAGGAGAUGCAAGACGGUCAUGGCGGAUGGAAUCCGCGUAUGGCCGAAUACAUAGGAAAGAUUGGCACGGUACAUCGAAUUACGGACAAGGGAGAUGUUCGCGUGCAGUACGAAGGCUGCCACAAUAGAUGGACUUUCCAUCCAGGUGCUCUGACGAAAGUUACCGCCAAGGAUGGAUUUUCUCUUGGUGAUAUAGUCCGCGUGAAAAGCGAUCUAACUGCCGUGAAACAAUAUCAACGUGGCCAUGGUGAAUGGAUAGACGUCAUGAAAAAUGCUCUAGGAAAGACUGGGAAGGUGAUUAAAAUCUAUUCCGAUGGCGACUUACGUGUGGCGUUGGACAUACAUGGUCAUACAUGGACAUUUAAUCCGCUAAGUGUUGUCCCGGUAUCUUCUGGCACAAAUGCUAUGGCUGCCACGCACGAUAAUGCAAACAAGAGCAGAGAUCGUUCGGUCGACGGUACCGACAGUGAAGUGGAAAAGCUGUUAAGGGAUGCGGCUAGAGGCGAAGCUGGAGUGGACGCAGUACGAGAAUUCCUCAAGAAAUACCCUGGCAGAGUAGAUGCGUGUGCUCCUGGCGGUGGCAGAAAAACGUGCUUGCAAGUGGCUGCUCACCAAGGUCAGCGCGAGCUCUGCACUCUCCUUCUGGACGCUGGUGCUUCUUUGCGUGCUGUCGAUGAGGACGGAGAUACGCCUUUGCAUUAUGCAGCAUUCGGAAAUCAACCAGAGAUAAUGGAUAUAUUAUUAUCGCGAGGUGCAGCUAUCAAUGCCGUUAAUAACGGCAGAUGUAGCGCUUUGCAUGUGGCAGUUAAUAAGCAGCAUGUGCAAUGCGUGAGAGUUCUAUUGCGUUAUCAUUGCGACGUCAACCUCCAAGACUCGUACGGCGAUACAGCGUUGCACGACGCGAUAGGAAAGGAUGCGCUAGAUGUGAUCGACGCGUUAUGUGCCUGCGAGAGGGUUGACUUCACGCUGAGGAACAAACGGGGUUUCAAUAUCUUGCAUCAUGCUGCACUUAAGGGCAAUGCUCAUGCAACAGAGAGGCUGGUUGCGCGCGCGCGUCACUUGGUAGACGUGAAAAAGGAAGAUGGAUUUGCAGCAUUACAUCUAGCGGCGUUGAACGGACACAAAGAAGUUGCGGCUAUCCUUCUCUCGCAGAAUGGUGGCCGCGCCAAAGUGGAUCUGUGCAACAAUCGGCGGCAAACGCCGUUGCAUUUAGCAACUUCGCAGGGACAUUGGUCGCUCGUUGAACUGCUGGUGCAUCAUAAUGCGGAUAUCGGCAGCACGGAUGAAGACGGCGACACUGUGUUACAUAUCGCGAUAGCAAAGAGCCCGAAUCAACAGACUGCUGUACCUACACCCGAAAGUAGCCAGGAUUCACCACUUUUGUAUGCUAUCUGGCAGAACCUGGCAAGGCAAGGCGCAAAGACUGAAUUAGCAUUAGCUUGUUUUUUGAUAAGCGUGGACAGGAGUUGCAAACUCCUUGAACAAGUCAGAAACAACAAGGACAAGACGGCGCUCGAUCUUUUGGAAAGCAAUCCACAGGCUGCCCUGCUCGCUGAUCUUUUACGCUCUUACAAAUACCAAAGUCACAGCACGCAAUUAGAAAUAGAGAAUAAUCCAUCGCCUGGUUACGUAGAGCCACCUGCAUAUCGGAUAGAUAAUAUAUCACAGUCAGAAGGAUUGCAUGUUGCGAAGAAGAAUAUAACCGGUUCCGGCGACGCGGCAGAAUGUCGAGAUUGUUCGGGGAUUAUAGAAAACACAAAACAGGAGAAUCGAAUUGAUCCUAGCAGUAGCGUUACGCUCGUUGGUUGUGCACGUUGUGGCCAUACGCAAACAAUUCCAGAUGGUCAGCUGGCGACAGGUGAAGUCUCUAUAGCCAAUUCGGAGGAUAAAUCGAAGGACGUAUCUUCAGAAGGCAAACGAAAGGAGGAGAUCAGUGACAAGGAAAAAGAGAAGGACAAAGAUCUAGAACGGCUACGUUAUUUGGAGACUAGAGUCGCGGAUCUCGAGGAGGCGAAUAUGUGUAGCAUCUGCAUGGAACGUCGUCGUAACGUCGCAUUUCUUUGCGGGCAUGGUGCGUGUGAGCACUGCGCCGCUCCGUUGAAGACUUGUCACAUGUGCCGCAAGACGAUCACAAAAAAGAUUAAUUUAUAUUAGAAGUUCGAUCGAUUACCAUACGUUUAUGUCGGAACAUUGAUUUUCACGCGGUAUACAGCAUGUGUCACGAGAGGAAAAGUCGAUAUCAGUGAUAAUAAUAGUUAAAUAGUUCUUAAUGUUUAAAUUUAAACAAUUUAGAUUACGCAACUCAGAACGAGAGACAGAGGAAUUUCUUUACUCGCUAUGUCGCACGGUUCCUCUCGAGACAUUCUGUUUGUUUGCCCAACAGAAAAUUUUGUCAUUCGCCAUGUCGGCAUAGGAAAAUGUCCAUCAAUUGAUCGUAACGAUGCGUACGUUACGUCUCGCGCUGAUGAAAUUAAACUGCCAAAAUGUAUAUUUUAUUUCUGCGAAUAGUUUGUACGAAAGGGAAAAAAAUGAAGCUCUCUUAUAUUGCACUAACAUCGUGCCAUAGCGAGAUAGGUUUGCGCACAACAUGAUAAUCGUAUUUGCCUGGACACGAGAUAUUUUGAUCUUUUGUUAUUUUUUUGUUUUUCUCGGCAAUUAGUUAAAUCGGUUAUAUUAAAAAUUAAUUAAUACCAGUACCGAGGAGGGAGGGGGGGAAGGGAGGUGAUGUCUUGUGUCUUGACAAACACGCACGACGUACGAUUGUAUGUACAUCGUUUACGCUUUCCUUUCUCAUGAAUCGGCGUUUUCGUCUGUGCUUUAUCCCGUCCAUUUUUUAUUCAUGUUUAAAGAGAGCGCGGAUGACGAGCACUGAAAGAGCAAACUUCUUAUCUUAAGAUAGGAAACAUGCGCGAUCGUGUUAUGCGAUAACAAUCAUCAGAAGCUCGUAGAAACAUUCGUACAUAUCGCUACAUUAUUGCGAGAAGAAAAAAGAAUACUGUUUCACGUAUUCGAAUUCCUGUUGCUUCCGCGCAGUAGGAGGGAAGGGGGCACAUUUUGAUAGUAAAAUUUUUUAGACUUUUUAAAAUAGAUUUUUGCUGAAAAACCUAUAUUGGUUAAGUUUCAGCUAUUUUUUAAAAGUUAUGUUAAUAGUAUAACUUAAAAUUUCGUUACUUGAUGACGUGGCAAGACUCAAUAUUUGAUACGGAUUAAAUAUUAUCAUGAAGGAAUGUUUUCAAUGUUUCAAAGAAAUGUUUUGUUAAAAAAAAAAGUAUCUUUUGAUACUUAAUAUUCAAAUUAUGGGAAUCUGAUGCGGUGUUUAAUGUAUCCCCUUUUCUCCAAUCAUGUUCGCAUCGUUCGAUAAACGUUCUGCGUAACGAAUAACACGCUAAAGGGAAACAUACAGUCUUAUAGCCAAGUUUUCUAGGUAGAAUAAUUGUAUACUCGUUUGUAUAAAGUGAUUCAUUUGUGAUCGAAUGUGACAGCAGUGGAACCAAUUAAUUUUAAGCGUGCUUCCCGUCAUGAACGCACUUUCAAGCAAAAGGAAAGCAAUGCGUUCGCAUGUAAUAAAGAAGCUGAUUGUUGAGGUACAAGCUUAAUUAUUAACGCGAGAAUCUAUUUUUUGAUGAUUCUCAAAUUACAAGAGAAAGAAACUUUAUGGAUGUGUGAUUUCUGGAAGAAUUUUUUUUCCAUCAGUAUUAAAGUCUUGCCUUUCUACUCAACACAACGAAAAAAAACUUGUACUCGAGGUGCAUAAAAAGUUGUAUGUAACACGAGUCGCGUAAAUGUACUUCGGAACGUAUCAGAGGAUUCUGAUCAAUCGAUUUUUACGUCGGUUAGCGUAAUUUUUACACUGGUGACUGGAGGAAUCGAAAAUGAUUUUUAUGGGUUAUUGUACACUGGGGCGAGAGCGGUCCUUUCAGGGUAACACAUCGCGAAUUUUACGUUCACGAGGAGAAACAUACAAUUUGCGAUAGUGCCAAUUUGAUUUCGUCAGGAUGAUAUUAAUUUUCUUCCUUAUUUACCCCUCUCUUUCUCCCUUUUUUUAUAAUAGCCAUAUUGUCGUUUUAGAUAUAUGCGGCGUAUGUAUUACGAAAGAUGUUAUAUUACGAUAAAACUACAGCGUAAAUUUUAAGCGUCGAUAGAUUUCUACAAUUGUAAUUUAAGGCAUAAUUUAAAUAAACAAUUUGACGGUAAAUGAACUUUAAUCUAAUUUAAUGUGCCCUUCAUAUACGUUUUUUUUUUCCCUUUAAACUUCAUGGAAUAAUGCGAGAGAUUUCUCUUUCACACUGCUUAUUUAAGUGUUAUUGAUAAAAAUUAUAGAUACGAACAAGAUACGAAGUAGCGGUAACAAGAACAACAAACUCGUAUAACGUAGACACCAGACAUCUCACGCAGUCAAACGAGAAGCGCAAAAUAAACUUGUCCUUAACUUAGCAAGCAAUCUUAUUUAUUUUGGUACUCGAUAAAGGUUCCGAUAGUCGUAUAUUACAAUAUUGAGCCAGUUUUGCAAAAAUUGUAAUAGCGGUAUACUAAUGAUAUAUAAUAAUGUAAUAAUGGUAAUAAUAUUUUCUUCUCCUAAAGUAAACCUAAACGCAAUGUAUUCUAUUAAUAGUAUGUGACACUGUGUAUUAUCUGUAGUACCUAAUUAACUUAAACUUAAAUCGUGGGGCCGUAGCACAACGUGCAAUACGAUCACGUAAUGCAUUUCAUCUGUGUUAAAAUCUUACGUCGCUUUCUUCGAUUCGCGUGGAUCUUAUCCCUUCCUAUCUUAUUCCCCUUCCUUAUCGUCUCUUCGAAGAAUAAUGCAUGUGAGAUCCUGAUAAAGGGUAACCAAGCAUCAAGAUAUGAUUGAUCAGAGACUAAGAAAUAUUUCAUCAUGUGUGUCAUAUGUUUCGUAAGAAUUAAACAUACUAUUUUCAACUCGAUAUUGAAUCGCUUUGCACUUCACUUAGAUACAUGGUUUUCCCUAUUUUUGGAUCUAUACAUCACAUACAACGUAAAAAAUAAUCUUUCAUUUCUUUUGUUUCUUUCUUUCAUUUUUUCAUUUCUUUUAUUAUUCAUUUUUCUUUUAUUAUUUUUUUUUUAGUAAUUCAUAAACGCGAUCAAAUUAAGAUAAUGUAUUUACGAAAAUAAAUAAUACAGAUUUCUCUGGAAUAUUGAUUGAAUAAUACAUAUCGAAGAAAGAACAAACGUAUAGGAAAAAUACUGAAUAAAACGAUACUUUUGUGUUUCGUCAAAUUGUAAAGACAAUUGAAUGAAGAAAACACAAACUUUCAUUUUGUUCACUUUACUCUCAUUUAGAUCUUAUUCUUUUGCAUUGUUACUUUACAUUUCAAACGAGUAAAGUGUACAAUACACUAUCAAUAUACAAACAUUGCUGGUAAUUGACGAAAUCACCUAAGAUUUUUAAAUGGAAAAUACCCCAACGCGUACAUCAUUCGCGAAUGCGUUAGUGUAAUUUUAAUUCGAAGAAGACGUUGGAAAGUGCACUUGCUACUAACAAAAACAAAUUACGAUAAUUUAUAUCAAUCAGGACGCGAAAUACAACUUUGCACUAAUUCCGUCGCGCGCGAGUUACCGUGACAUUUCUUUUUUUUCUUAUUUCAAGAAUAAUAGCGGUUUCAUGUAAAGUGCACAGCAAAACGCGAGAUUUACCGUUGCUUCUCUCGCAACUUCUACGAGUAAUCAAAGUUCUAUUCGCAUCUACGUAUAAGACUUCAAGUGCCCGAUA